AUGGAAAUAUUCUUUGGCCUUUGUUUGUUACAGUCUCAAAUAAAGACGCCUAAAGUUCGUUCAAACUGGUCAAGCAAUCCAUUAUAUUACCAUCCGAUUUUCGGGGCAUCAAUGACGGGGCGCAGAUUUGAACAGCUUUUGCGUUGUUUGAACUGUGAAUCCGUAGCAAUAAAUGACAGACUAUCUAAGAUUUUCGACCUUCUGAAGCUUGUAAAUGGUUCGUUUCAAACCGUAUAUAAGCCUGGGAAAAAUUUAUCAUUAGAUGAGUCAAUGAUGCUGCAUCGCGGAAGAUUAAGUUUUCGGCAAUUUAUAAAAUCAAAAAAAAAUAAGUAUGGGAUUAAAUUCUACGAACUUUGCACACAUGAUGGCUAUGCUCUCAAUGUAGACAUAUAUAAAGGCAAAGUAUCACAUGAGACUCAUUCCUUAUCCGUAGUGGAUUCUGUGGUUAUGAGUCUAAUGAAACCAUAUUUAUCGAAGGGCUUUUCAUUAUUUAUGGACAACUACUAUAAUAGUAUCGGACUGAGCAAUCGAUUAUUCAGUUUUAAAACUCAUACCACUGGAACUUUACGUACCAAUCGCAAAGGGAAUCCAAAAAUCAUAACGCAAACAAAAUUGAAGAGAGGAGAACAUAUAUGGAGAAGACAAGGCAACGUGUAUGUUAGUAAGUGGAAAGACAAACGAGAUGUACUUUGUAUAACAACAGAAAAUCAUCCCAAAAUAAUUAACGUGCAGAAUAAACAUGGCGUUUGGACAAAAAAACCGAUAGAGGUAGCCAAUUACAAUGCAAAUAUGUCGGGCAUAGACAGAUGUGAUCAGAUGAUAUCAUAUUAUUCCUCACCUAAAAAAUCUAUCCGUUGGUACAAAAAAGUAAUAUUCCGUUUGCUAGAUAUUUCUGUAUGGAAUUCUUAUUACAUUUAUAAAAAGAUAAAUGAUUCAAACAUUGGUUUUCUCGAUUUUCGAGACCAGUUAAUAAAUACGCUUCUAAAAAUACCGCAAAAUUCAAGUGGACGUAAUUUCGUGCUUGAAAAUGCCAACCCACAAACGCAUGUUAGGUACAACCCAACAACAGAUUUUCGAGAUGCACAUUAUCAGGAAAAAAUUCCGCCACCACCAAAUUACAAGCGUAAAACGUAUUUUCUAAAAUGCAAGUACUGUUAUAGGCAGAAAAUAAUUAAAUUCACAUCACACCGAUGUCAGGAUUGUACAAAUAAACCUCCACUGUGUCCUGGACAGUGCUUCCGACAAUGGCAUUUACCUCCUGCAGAUCAAAAUAACUCCAGUAGUUCGGAUAUGGA